AUUGGUUCAAUUCUGACGUUCAAUUCCAUUCGAAUGUAUUCAUAAAUAUUGCCAACCCAAAGAAAAAGGGCAGUGAAAUCUCUUUUGUCGCAUAGAUGUAGUAAAAUAUUUAAUCGAGCAUGGAGCGAAUGUGAGCGCUGAAAAUAGAUGGAAAGAAACUUCACUUCACAAAGCUGCAAAAAAUGGUCAUCUAGAUGUAGCUAAAUAUCUUAUCGAAAAAGGUGCCAAUUUGAGUGCUGAAGAUACACGGACACAAUCACCACUUCACCUGGCUGCUUUUCAAGGUUAUAAAGAUGUAGUCAAAUAUCUAAUUGAACAUGGAGCGAAUGUGAAUGCUGAAGAUGAAGACAAAAGAACGCCACUUUAUAAUGCUGCUUGGGAUGGUCAUACAGAUGUAGUCAAAUAUCUUAUCGAGCAUGCAGCGAAUGUGAAUGUUGUUGAUACAAAGAAUCAAACGCCACUUUAUAAAGCUGCUGAAUGGGGUCAUACAGAUGUAGUAAAAUAUCUAGUCCAACAAGGAGCGAAUAUAAAUGCUCGAAAUAAUGCGAAUAAAAGGCCACGUGAAGUGGCUCUAGAAUAUGGUAAUGAGGAAGCAGCCAAAUGUCUAUUGGAAUAUGAGAAAAUCCUAAAAGUCAAAAAUGUGUGCAGUCAAUUUCCCACAGUUCAACGAGUCACAUCAUAUCUUACACAAGGCGAUUUUGCAGAAGAGGGCGAAUUCCCCUGGAUGGCUGCUUUAGGUUAUAACGACCAUUUGAAAAUAAGUUUUGGAUGCGGUGGUACCAUAAUAUCGGAGCGCUAUAUAAUGACGGCUGCACAUUGUAUAAAAGCAGGACGUCCACCGGUAUUAGUGCGAUUGGGAAAAAUAGAUCUUACCGAUGAAUCUCCAUCAAAUUAUCGAACAAAUUAUUAUAUACAAAAUUUCACACGACAUCCAAAUUAUUCGAUGAACAUGGAAAAGAACGAUAUUGCAUUGCUUCGACUCACAAAAAAGAUUUCGUUCAACAAUAACAUUAGACCGGCAUGCUUGCACACAGAUAUGGGUGAUAUCGAUAAUCGUACAAAACUAACUGUGACAGGCUGGGGCAUCACUAUUCCUGGAGAUCCUGACUCUCAAUCAAAUUUGUUACUUAAGAUUGAGAUUAAUACAAUGCCAUUAAGUGAAUGCAACACAACCUAUUUGAAUCAUGAUACACUGAAGACUCAAACGGUCUUUCGAGAUGGUCUUGAUGACGGGCAGUACUGCGCACAUGAUCUAGAUGGACAAGACCCUUUUAUAAAGGACGCUUGCCAAGGAGAUAGUGGAGGUCCACUUGCACAUAUCCCCAACAAUGAUCCGAAUGAAGCCACAAUAGUUGGUAUCGUUAGUUUUGGCCAUAGUUGUGGUUUGAAAUUGCCCGGCAUUUACACGCGCGUCGCUCAUUAUAUACCAUGGAUUCAAUCCAUCGUCUGGCCAUAAAAUUAACAUUUUUUAGCACAUUUUAUCACGCUUAUUUAAUAAAUCAUUGAUAAUUAUCAGUUAACUGUCUGAAAAAUAAAAUGGCUUACAUCAGCACUGUGAUCCCC